CAACGCCCCGCAUCCCCAAAUUGAUGUCCCACCGACUCCAUCAUCCUUAACAGCUCUUCAUGUCCACUUUCCUUCUCCUCUCCCCAGAACGUCCCACCUUUUCACUAGACUGCAGUCAUGGCGACCGCCGGCCAUCUUCACGUCCUGCGGGAUUCAGUUGAUACUUCUGAGGAUGGCGUCGACAUUGUCCUCGUUCCCGGCACAGGAACUACCUCACCGGAGAACUGGCCCUUUGCUGACCCAGAAUGGCUCGCCACCCUACCUGGCUCCGGUGCUGGGGCACGCAUCCUCGCGUACGAAUAUGCUUCGCCAUUUGGGGGCACCAAGCCUUCGUGGGAGUCGAUUCUGAUACUGGGUUACGACUUUCUCCAACAUUUAAGUGAUGCGCGAUCACAAUCAGACCAAUCUUUGACCACUAACAAGCCAAUUUUAAUAGUCUGCCACAGCUUAGGUGGCGUUGUAGUCAAACAGGCUUUGUGCGUCGCUAACAAACAGUUUCCUCGGUAUGGAUCAACUGUCAACGCUAUAGCUGGCGUUAUCUUCCUAAGCACUCCACAUCGCUAUGGCAAGAAGACCACGAGUUUGGUAGGGUUUCGAGACGUCCUGGAAGCAACGACCGGUAAGAUCCUGAAGAUUUCAAACGCCAAUAUCGAGCAGGAAGGCGCCAUUUUGCUCGACCUCGCAGAUAGGUUCGAAGGAAUUGCGUUCCGUACCCCCAUGCUAUCCGUGUAUGAACUGAGAGAAUCGAAAAACAGUUCGACAACAUUGCGCCCAAAAUACCAACAAUUGGUUAACCGUGAAGCUUGUUCAACUCAUGCCCCAAUGGAAACAGUUAUUGGCCUCAACCUCAAUCAUCACGAGACUUGUCUUUUCACUAAGAGCGUUGGCGGCGAAGGCUUACCCGAGUUCAACAAGUUUAUUUACGAGACGUUUCAUGACGCUGCGCAUCUUGUUGCACUUCGACUCGAGGACCAGGAAUACCAAUACGCAACGAUGAGCGCUUAUUCGCCAACGAUUAGCGAACUACCGCUCAAAGCUGAGCAAUUGGAACUUACCGAAUGGUCAUCGAACAAAGCAACAGAAUGGCCUUCGACCAGAGCAACAGAAGGAACAUCUCUUUCGGGGUUUGAGUUGGUAUAUCCUACAACACCAAACACUGAGAUUCGGAAAACCCUUCACUUACCAUGCUUCCUUUUCAAUACGCAUUCGGCAAAUGAGGAUUUCUGCGGCCGCGAAGAUAUCUUGGAGCGUCUUGCGGUCGAGCUCUUGCCUUCGAAGAACAUAGUGACAGCGUCGGGCACAUCUCUACGACAAUUCGCACUUUGCGGAUUUGGGGGGAUUGGAAAGACGGAAAUAGCCCGCGAGUUCUCCCGACGUCACAAAGCUUCCUUUGAUGCAGUAUUCUGGGUCGCGGCGGAUAAGGUUGCGAAACUUGACCACCAUUACCAGCAAAUUUCGUUGGCACUAGGACUCGAAGAUUCAUCCGAGUGUAGGAGUCAGAUUGUCAGCAGAGAAAUUGUGAAAGGAUGGCUCUCCAAUCCCCGAAACUAUCUCUCGGGGUCGGAUGAGUUUGUUGAACCUGGUGAAGCUAGAUCAGAAGCGACCUGGCUGCUUAUAUUCGACAACGCAGAUGACCCAAUGAUCCUGGCGGACUACUGGCCCCAGGGCAGUGGAUCAAUUCUUGUCACUAGCCGCGACCCAUUAGCUAAAAACAUGUUUACGAGAAGACCUUUAGGACUAGAUCUCGGCCCACUUACACAGCAAGACAGCCUUUCCCUAUUCAACCAUCUCACUAGCAUUUCCAAUGAGCCCGAAGACGAUACAGCGCGACAAAUUUCCGAUGCACUUGGUGGCGUCCCGCUGGCCAUCUCCCAGAUGGCAGGUGUUAUCCGUCGACAGGACCUUACCUUGUCAGAGUUUUUCGAGCUGUAUACGGAUCAUGAAGAACAUGCCAGUCUUUAUGAGACAAAGUUCGAUACCAAUUUAGUCACAUAUCGUCACUCCCUCGCCACUGUUUGGGCGUUUGAGAAGCUGAAGCCUCAAUCUCGACAGCUGUUGGAGCUGAUUUCAUUUCUUGAUCCAGAUGUCAUUGGGGAAGGCUUGUUGAUGGAAGCAUCGGUGGAACUGCUUUCCGACGGCGCACAGUUCAAGAAGAGUAACUACAUUGAGGCUCGAGCUGAUCUCUUGCAGUCAUCUCUGGUCCACAGAGAUAAGCAAAAGCAGCAGAUAUCGGUCCAUCGCAUUGUACAAGAUGCAAUCUUGGCAACAAUGGAUGUUACGAAGAAACGGUUGAUGUUCGACCAAGUCGUUCGAAUCCUUUGGGCGAACUGGCCAUCGGCUAUGCCCAAGCCAUCAAAAAAGCCAGAGCUACCCCAGCCCAAGUCAACUGGCGGCAGGUUACAUGUUGGAAGGUGGCCUGUUUGUGCGGCGAUUUAUCCCCACGUUCUAAGGAUACAUCAGCUCUGGCCAGCCAUUUUAGAUCCCUCCGAGGCCACCAGGUUGCAUUUUGCAAAGUUACUGAAUGAGGCUGCAUGGUAUCAAAAAGAGCGUGGACGAACAAAGGAAUUUGAUGGCUUCUUCGAAACUGCUCUCAGUAUCUGCGAGUUCUCAACACACCCGGAUCGAGAUUCUCUGCUUGCAGACAUUUACUUCUGCUUAGGAGCUAUCGCCAUGGAUGCGAGCGACUUCGAUACAAGCCGCGUUCACAAAGAAUGUUCUCUCGAUCUAGUUUCCAAAAUCUGCGAAGAGCUGGGAACUGUCGACGAGAGGUUAUACCUCGCCUACGCAGAGCGAGGGAUCUCACGCAUUCAGGAUAGACGGUACGAGGAGGGUGAAGCCGAUCUCAAGGAAGCGCUAGGGAUCCGCAAAGCUCUCGGCAACUACAUUCCCCGGGCGGGCGAGGCCAAUCUGAGCUGGGCUCUUCUUGCGCAGGGCAAGCAUGAAGAGUGCAACACGCUUCUUCUGGACAGUUUGGCGCGCAGAGAAAAGGCUCUGGGCAAGGAUGAUAGGGAAUCUGUCCGGACUGGACUGAUUCUUUAUGCACUUGGCAACCUCCGUGCUGCGCAAAACCAAUGGGAUGAGAGUUUUGAAUACCACCAGAGAGCGUGGCGCCACAUGCGCGCGACGGUGGGUGAGGGAGAUUUCUACACUGCAAAUGUCACCCAUAAGAUCGCGGAGCAUUUUAUCCGCUUAGGCAGGAGCCAAGAGGCGAUUGCUAUGAUAAACGGGGCGCUGGACAUUUGGUCUGUUGAUCCGAGUGCACACAAGAACGAGAUUGCUCGCACUACGUUCCUCAAGGGCAAAUUGUUCGAGGCGAUGGGCAAGAUGCAAAAAGCUUCCAUUGCUCUUAGAGUUGCCUGUCGCUUGAGAAAGGAGAUUACCAAGGAGGAUCGAGACGCGAAGAGCUUGACGACGGAAGACUUUGACGAGAUUAUUGCUUUUUGGGCUCGUUAAUGAGCCCCUUCUUCUUUUUGUAUGCUAGCAAAGUGCCUAAUUGGGCAAUUUUAUCAGCCUAAUAUGAGUACCGUAUGGUGAAGACUCUGCAUCUUCGUGAUCUAAAGCUUCUAGAAGAAGAAAAGAGAAUUCCUUUCUUUGUUGCGGGAACCAGAGGAACACUACGUCGUCUUUACCGCAAGUGUUGUGCGCUCUGUUAGAUUGGUAACGCUAACAAUUCCAUUGGCAGUGGUAAAAAGUAUAACAUCGAAAGAAUAGGACUCAACAUCGCUGGUGUGAGUUCACGGGACAUAUAAACGAUAGGAGUACUGGCACCUAAAAAUGGUACUUUUGGAUUUCAGGAGAUGAGAGUC